GGACGGAAAAUGGGGAAGUGAUAAAUGUUAAGCUUAUCUGUUUAAAAGCCCCCGAGUUUGCCCUAAGCUGAAACUAAGACGCCAGGAAAAGGUUUUUCUAUUAUUUUUACCUUUGUACAAUUUAAUUUUAUCGAUCCAGAUGCGACUCAACGAAAGGAAUUUAGUGUCAUAUGCGACCUGUAACUCGCCUGUUGAUAAGGAAGGAUAUUUGAUGAAGAAAGGAGAAAUCAACAAAGGGUUUCAGAAACGAUGGUUUGUGCUAAAAGGCAACCUACUAUUUUAUUUUGAGAAGAAAGGAGACCGAGAACCUGUCGGAUUAAUUAUUCUUGAAGGCUGCACAGUUGAAUUAUCUCCAGAAUUUUCGGACACGUUUACCUUCGGAAUAUCUUUCCAAGGCCCAGGUUGCAGGACUUAUGUGCUACAGGCGGAGAGUCAGGAAGAGAUGGAGAGUUGGAUGAAAGCAAUCACAAGUGCAGGGUAUGAAUACAUGAAACUGAUGGUGGCUGAACUAAACAGACAGCUGGAAGAAUUAAAUAGGACUCCAGAUGCUUCGUCUUUAGAGGUGAUACCUAAACGCUCGUCAGCUCCUGCAGUGGCCGUCGGCUCGCUUAUAGAUUUUGGUGGAGAAAAUAGCCAAGCAGCAGCAUCGAACUAUGAAACUGCAUCAGCUAAAAGGUUUAAUCCGUUCAAUCAAGAGUUAUCCCCAGUGGAUGAAUUUGGUGCACGACCUUUUAACCCAACCUCAGAAUUUUUGUCCAAGUCAAAAGACAGGUCUGAUUCAGCUCCCGUUGCCCCACCUAGAAAACCCAGAGCUGUGACUGCAAGUGAAUUUCAUAUUCCAAUGCCACUGACUAGUAACGACAUAAGCAGGCCAAAGACUGAUGUUUAUUUAAAACGACCUAGAACAUUCUUGGAAAUGCAUGAAGAAUUUGGAAGACAAAUUCAAUCACGAAUACACAGAUCAAUGCAUUCUUCAGCUACUGGUUGUUAAAAUCACGUAAAAGAAACAUAACCAGUUGAUAAGUUAUAGUUUUGUUUUCAUUUAAUAUCUCUGGCAAGUUCUCUGCAUGUGACAUUACAUAUUCUGAAGGCACAAUGUUAUCUGCACCUGUAAUUAUCAUUGCUAUUGUCACCAUGCACUUUUUACUGCAAACACAGUAAAGGGAUAACAGUGUGACAUAUUAUCCUCCUCCAACUUACUGGAGUGAAUCAUACCAACAAACUACAGAUCCAAUUUUAAUAGUGCAGCUUCAUUGACCAAUUUUUUUCCCGAUUUUAUACAGUAUAUUAUUGUCUUUAUUUUUUGUAAAUUUUUCAUUUUUUCACAUAUACAGUAGGUACUUUUAAGGUGUGACUUAAAACUUCCAUUGGACUGCUAGUUGGGUUUUCUGAAUAUUCAGGGUAACAGGAGUACAUCAUUUAAAAUAUGGCAGGUACAUUGUAUCAUGCUUUUUAAUGUUAUGUAAUAUAGUAAUAAAAUUGACUUAAAAACAUCUUGUGCACAUUCAGUUACACAAUGUAUAUAGAAAGUCUAGCAAAAU